AUUAACAUAUUUUGAUAAAUGCAACUAAAAUGAAGAUUAGAUAAUAUAAACUUUGAAUUAAAAUCAAAAAAGAAAAAACUAAACAGAAAAAGAACUGGGGAAACAUUGUCUUCUGUCAAUUGCAUAAAUAAAUAUCUAUUUCAAAAGCCGCAUAUUACAAGACAAAUAUAAACUUAAAGUCACAACAACAAUAACGCUUCUAAAAAACAAUUUGUGUUUGAAGUGCGAAGCCGGCAAAGAGGGGAACAAGAAGAAGCAUCAGCUGAACAGAACCCGAAAACAAACAGUUUAAAAAAUGGCGCCCACAAAGAGUACCCGUGCAGUUUCCAAGCAACAAUCAUCUGUGGCCUCCACAACACUAACAAAUCUAAUGCCAUUGGCCCGCAAAGGUUUAACCCGUCGCAAUGCCAUAAAUAUCCAAGAUCACAACAGCGAUAUCAUGCAGACGCGCGCCAAACGCAAGGCCGAGCAUAGUCCACAGAAAAAUGAGAAAAUCAAAAGGUCAGCUUUGGGAAACCUCACGAACAAUUUAAAUGCCAACAAUAAUCAAUUGACGAAUGUACAUCAGGAUGAUGAUGUCAAACAAAAUGUGGCCAAAAAGAAGGAAUUGGUACAAAGUGUGUUUUCCGCCGCCGCUGCUGCCCAUCAGCAGCAGGAAAACACCAUGCAAAUAUUUAAUGAUACACAUAACAUCCUUUUACAACAGGCUCAAGGUGGAGCUUUGCAAAAACCAUCACAGCCAGCAGUGAAAGUAUUAACAAGAGCCUCCACUCGUACUAAGGAAGCUGCAGCCAAAGAAAUUCAAAAAGAAAACAUAACCUCAAAAAUCUUUGAUGAAGAGGAAGCAAUUCUAUUGAAUUCAAUGAAAUCAAAAUUGGCGGUUAAGGAUGACGUCCCGCCAGCACCUCUGCCUGUUAUACAAAACCUACAGGGACAAAAAAUUGCCAACAAGCCGGUAAGACGUAUAUCCAAUGAAUUUAAUAAGACUGAAGAAUCCUUGUAUAUGUCGGCCCUGGAGGAUUUAUCCGCUUCAGACUCUCUACGUUUGUCAGGGAACUUUGAGGCUGCAAAAAGGCGUUCGAUUUUGUUGCAACAGCAGCAGCAACAACAACAAGACAAGACUGAUGAACAAACCCAAAAAGAGCAAGAAAAAUUACAUGUUCACCAAGUACCCGAAGGUGUGGAAGAUUUUGAUAAAAUCAAUUGGAAUGAUCCCUUCCAGGUGUCGCAUUAUGCCAUGGACAUAUUCAACUACUUGAAGGAACGUGAAGCCGAAUUUCCCGUAGAUGAUUACAUGGCCAGGCAAAUACAUCUUUCCAAAUGGAUGCGUUCCCUGUUGGUAGACUGGAUGGUUGAAGUCCAAGAAACCUUCGAACUCAAUCAUGAAACCUUGUAUUUAGCUGUCAAAAUUGUUGAUCAAUUUCUAUGCAAGGAGGUUAUAAACAAGGACAAAUUGCAACUGUUGGGCGCUGCUGCACUCUUCAUAGCCUGUAAGUUUGAUGAGAGAACACCACCACUCAUUGAAGAUUUCCUCUAUAUAUGCGAUGGUGCGUACAAACAUGAUGAACUGAUACACAUGGAGAUGGCCACCCUUAAAGUAAUACAAUUCGAUUUGGGCAUACCGUUGUCGUAUCGCUUUUUGCGCCGUUAUGCCCGCUGUGCCAAAGUACAAAUGCCCACAUUGACCUUAGCUCGUUAUAUCUUAGAAUUAUCAUUGAUGGACUAUGACUGCAUUACAUUUAGUGAUUCGAAAAUGGCAUGUGCUGCUCUCUUCAUGGCAUUGCGCCUGCAUGGAGAUGUCCAGCCGUGGUCGUCAACACUCAACUAUUACACUGGCUAUAAAUUGGCAGAUUUUGCUGAUAUUGUGCCCAUACUAAACGCUGGCUUACAUCGCAAACCAAAGGGUACCAUAAAGACUAUACGUAGUAAAUAUUCUCAUAAAAUAUUCCACGAGGUAGCUAAAGUUACACUGAUGACCACAGAGCAAUUAUUUGAGAAUCAAUUAGAUUUUAAUUUAAGUUUACCAAAUGAACAACAAGAAGAAGAACAACAGCAACAUAAACAGAAACAACAGCAAACACAAAAAACAAAAUCCCAUGUGGGGGCUAGUGGAGGAGGUGGUGGAGGGAUUGAAGAUAAAAACAUGAAAUUAUAGAUAAUUUUUUUUUUUUGAUUUUUUUUAUUAGAGUUUUAAGUAUUACUAGACUUAGAUGAAUAUGAUGAUGAAUUUUGGCAAAAGAAAUUUGGAAUUUUUGGGGAAAAAGAAAAUGCAAACAAUUUGAAAGAGGAUGGACAUUCGAAAUCACGAAGUGCAGGGCUAUGUUUG